AUCUCGGCCCUAUGCUUUCUUUCGUGCGCGUGUGACAAAUGACGUUGGGUUGUUCAUUUGCUUUCCGCUUUCAGUGCUACUUUUUAUUUUGAAAUACAUAUGUUUAUAUUAAUUCUCAAAGUGUACAAUAUCAUCCUACGUGAAGAACUGUUCGCGAAUAUGGUUAAGAUAUAAUGUGCUGUGUAAUAUUUAUGUGAAGUGAUAGUGCAAUUUUGGAGGUAAAAUGCCCGCUUCCAUUUGCGACCCUGUAUCAAGCGCAUUGCGUUUGUCUCUCGCCGCAGAUGAAUCCCAGGGUUCGUCUUUGCUGGACAGUAGACUGUAUUCUUCAGCAAAAAGUAUGCUCCUCUCAAAAAUAGAAUUCGAAGAAUCAGGCGAUUAUCAAAGUAACAUUCUCGAUGGACUGAAAUCUAAAUACGUGGUCAUACGACCUAAAAAAACAGUGUUGGACAGUAAACUACUUAAAAAAGACGGAAAUGCAGCGAACCAGGCAUCAGAAGGAAACAAAAGUGAAGAUGGCUUCCCAAAGCCAAAACGUGUGUUGUUUCCUGUUGAGAAGCUUCAAUUGGGAUGGCAGGGGUCCUGGUCAGCAGGUGCUGGCAUGCAAAAUGUUGGGAACACCUGCUACCUGAACUCAACCCUACAAUCACUCUUUCAUGUUCCUGCGUUUGCCAACUGGCUUAUUUCUGAAGGAGCACAUGCGGAAAAAUGUAAUCAACAAGAAGCUUGUGUCAUUUGUGGCAUGCGCGCUACACUAAUAGCCACACAGAAGAGUGGCGGAGCCCCCAUCAAGCCAUGGCAGGUUUAUUCCAAACUGAGAAUAAUUUGCCGCCACCUGACACCUGGCAGACAGGAAGAUGCUCAUGAGUUCCUGAGAUAUCUCGUGGAAGCCAUGGAGAAAUGUUACCUGUCACGGUUUAUCAACUCUGACAAACUUGACCAGUAUAGCAAGGAGACAACCCCGUUAAAUCAAAUCCUCGGUGGAUAUCUGCGCUCCACAGUGCGGUGUCUUGCGUGCCAUCACCUUUCAACAACUUAUCAGCAUUUUCAGGACCUAUUAUUAGAUAUAAGGAAGCAUUCUACAUUAGAUGAGGCACUAGAUUCAUUUUUCUCAAGAGAAAGGCUUGAAGACUUAGGGUAUAAAUGUGAAGCAUGUAAUAAAAAGGUAUCAGCAACAAAACAAUUUUUCGUUGAGCGUGCACCAAUGGUGCUCUGCAUUGCCUUGAAGAGAUUCUCCUUAGUAGGGGGAAAAUUAUCUAAACAUGUGCAGUUUAGGAAGAAGAUAUCCCUCAACAAAUACAUGUUCAACAAGAAUAACCAUCAACAAUUGUCAUACAAGCUGGUGAGCCUCGUGACACACCUGGGCCCCGGACAGAACUGCGGGCACUACACGGCGCUGGGGCAGGCGCCGGGCGGCCAGUACUGCCAGUUCGACGACAGCUCCGUGCGCGCGCUGCCGCUGUCCGCCGUGCUCGCCACCAACGCCUACAUCAUGUUCUUCGAGAAGGACGACGACGCGCCCGGCACGACCGACCGAGACAAGAGCCCCCUCAAGCUCACCUUCUACCGCGACAACAAACCCAACAGCACUUCCACCGAACCCAAGCUCGACCGGCCUCUCAUCCUCAACAGCACCCUGAGCAAAGCGGAAACCUCGGACUCUAAUACCGAACCUUGGGUGCUCAAGCAGAACGGGGAGGUUGAAAAAGUCGCGCAGCCUCCCAAAAUCACGAUAGACAAGACGGGUACCAACAGAAUAAGCUUCGUCGUGAAGAGUCAAAACGGCGACGACGACUCGGCGACGCGGCGGCACAAGUCGUCGAAGAGCGACCCGGACCUCAGGUCCGUUCCUAUUAUUAGAACUACCACCGACCAGCCCCCCGCGUCAACGAGUAAACUAGUUAGGCCGUCGAAAUCGCCCCUAGAGAAACUAGAGGAGCAGAUGAAUAAGAACGACUUUUCCAACCAGAUUCCGAGAAACGGAAACGGAAACGGAAAUUCUAAGUUGGUUCCUUACGAUUCGGAGUCGAGCGGCGACGAGCGGGGCUCGGACAAGGAGGAGUCGGAGGGUCGGAAGCCUCGCCGCGGCGACGCGCCCGGCGUGUUGGGCACCAAGGGCGUGUGGACCGUCUCCAGCGAGGCGGGCGGCCCGCUGCUCAGUCCUAGUUUGAACGGCGACACCAUUAAAAAAGCAAAAGAGGCGGAGGAGAGGCGGACGGAGAACGAGCCGAGCCCUCACACCAGCGUGAGCAGCAUGUCGCCGCUGUCCGACCGCAGCUCGCCCUCCGCGCCGCGGCGCGUGUCCGUCGCCCCCGCCCCCGCCCCCGCGCCGCGCGCGCCCCCCGGGUCGGCGCCCCCGGCCGCCCCCGCCCCCGCCGCCCCCCUCGCCGCCGCCGAGACCGCGCGCCACCUCAACGCGCUGUCGCACCGCGGGUACGGCGCGCCCGUCGCAACGUGGAACGGGACGCACAGUGCCAUGUCGCGCCAGGUAUUCGAGGAGCGGCGCGAGGAGCGCAAGCGAGCGCACGAGGGCGCGGACGACAUGGACCGCGGCCGCACCAAGAAGCUCAAGCCCUUCCACCACUACAACCGGUUCAACAACCGCAACUCCUACAACCCCUUCCAGGAGAAGCAAAACAAGCCACACUGGGUCAGCGGCGGCGGCGGCGGCGGCUUCAAGUACCGCGCCGACCGCCGCCCGCACCACUUCAACAAGCACCACAACAACAAGUACAAGCGAUUCAAUAGGUACAACGGGCACCACUACCCGCGGCACCAUUGACCCUUGUUGGUCAGCUUGUGCUUCACCAUGUACAUAUAGCGUAAAUUUAAUUUCUAGUUUAACUUAUUCUAAGUCCCCACUGUACCGUGUUUCUAUAGGUGUCUCAACUAAGUGUAAACAAACCUUAACGAAACGUACGUUAUUACAGAUCGAUAGAUAUAUCACCUUGUUCAGUUUAUUUACAUUUAGUAAUAACCUAUAAAAAUACACUAGUUUACAAUGUAAAACUACACUUGAACAUAAAAUUGUUGCGCUGCCACUAGAAUCCAAAAACUAUUGUUGCAAAGUUUUAUCUAUCGAAAUCGAAAGCAAUAGUCAACUGCCAGUCAGCCUUCUAUAAAAACUAUCUGAAAAUCUUCUAUCUAUCCAAUGACAUGACCUAUUAUAGUUGUUGAAGUCGAUACAUUAUUUGUGAUUUAUUCAUUAAAAUAAUGAUUUUGCUUCAACAGUGAUAAGCGAUUACUAAUCGAUCGAAUAGACAUAUUAUUUUAUAUCAGUAUAUACCAUGCAAUAAUUAAUUGUUAAAUCCUUAAGCUAAUUGUUACCUUUUAAAAUAAAUAGUGCACUUUUAUGAGACAGAUACGUCUUGAGAUUCCUUUAAGCGAGACGUGUCGGUGUCUGAAACUCAACCGGACUGAAGAGUAUUUUUAUUAUAAAAAACGGCCAGCGUAUGGUCAAAUAUUAAGCAUAAUUAUUAUUUACAAGGAGUUGUCGUAAUAAAAUUUAAUAAAGAAUAAUUAUGUAAUUUAAGCAUUUGUAUACCGACGCUAAUAGCCAUCCUGCAAUUUGAAUAUGUUAUCCUGUAGAAACGUGCGCUUGUUUUGAUUGAGAUUGUCGGAAUCCAGUGACGCCACGAUGCUUAUGCGAUUUGCUUAUUCUGUACAUACAUUUGUUUUUCUUUCAAAUAUUCGAACUUGUUUAUUGUAUUUAGACCACAUUCAAAGGAGUCUUUGAAUACUUAUGGGCGUAUUGAUGUUCUUGAGGUAAGUAAAAGCUUGUUAGACAAAUUUAUAGGCAGCUUUACGAGUCGCCUUAAAGGUUGUCGAUCUUUGUAAAUAGUGAAGAACUGAGCUUUUUCGGACUUAGCGUUAAUGGUGAUUUGACGAAUGCUAACUCGAAAGGUGGCACAUUUUGUAAUUAUAACAGCCAAAUGCGUCGUCCCUCCAGUACCUUCUAAGAAAACGUAGGUUUGCAUUUAUAUAAUCAAUGCAUAACACACUGUAGUAACAACAACACUAAAGUAAGGACGAUAAGCACGAACAAUUUAGUACAUUUACCCGCCUGUACUUAUCUCUAUCGCACGCGCAUAAUUUGAUUGGUGCUCCGCUCGUAUUGUCAUUGACCGUCGGCAUCAUGGGACAUCAAUAUAAUUACGCGCGUGCGAUAGAGAUAGGAGCAGGCGGCCUUACUUUACAAACCAUUGGUAGACCUUAUUUCGUUGUGAUACGAGUUACGAAUGGUCAGACUAGUGUGUCGACGAUGGUACAACAUAACAACACAUACUCGACUACAUCUAGCCUUAUUAUUGUAGUAGGUACAGUGUGAUAUGCUCGUUAUUAUUCCCUUAAAUAUGUAUUUAUUUUCAGUCUCAUGUAGAGAUGUUUCGUUUGUGCGUAUUUUUUUAAAUUCAGAGCUAGGUAUGUUUUUGAUGUAUUUGGAAUAUUUGACGUAGCCCUAGUGUGAAAAAUAAAAGUAUAUACGCGUUGACUGCACAGCGUGUCAAAAUAAACUAAUUAAAUGCAACAACA